AGGGUUUGUCGAGUACUGCAAACUAGCUCGAUCGAUCAAAUUCUUCUUCCUUGGAAAAAGACCAUAUCAAAAGCAUGGGAAACGAGACAGUAGUAGUGGCUGAAACUGCGGGGUCGAUAAAAGUGGCGGUGGUAGUAUGCCUGUUGAGAGGCCAAAACGUGCUCUUGGGGCGGCGCCGCUCCUCUCUGGGAGAUUCCACCUUUUCCCUUCCCAGUGGCCACCUUGAGAUUGGAGAGAGCUUUGAGGAGUGUGCAGCAAGGGAACUGAAGGAAGAAACUGAUUUAGACAUUAGCAAGAUAGAAUUGCUAACUGUGACCAACAACCUGUUCCUAGAUGAAGCCAAACCAUCGCAGUACGUGGCUGUUUUCAUGAGGGCAGUGCUGGCAGAUCCUCGUCAAGAGCCCCAGAAUAUUGAGCCAAAAUUCUGUGAUGGUUGGGGAUGGUAUGAGUGGGACAAUCUUCCGAAGCCACUCUUUUGGCCUUUGGAGAACGUGGUUCAGGAUGGAUUUAACCCUUUUCCAACAUGAGAAAGCUGCUAGCUAUAUGUAGUGCACAUCAGCAUUGGCACAGCAGGCUGCUUUCCUUUUUAAGAGUAUUUUGUGAGUGAUUUGUUAAUUUGUACCAUGCAUGUACCUUCACUAAGCGUUAAUCAAGUUUGUGUACUAAUCAUGUUAAAGACAAUGCUUAGGUUCAUCCCAUUGGGUGAACGAGCAUAUUUUCA